UGCGAGUCGGGAUUGGCCGGCGCGCGCCCCGCUUUCCAGCGUGCCGGGCAGCAGGAAGCGGCGGCGGUGGAGCGGGAAGCGGCGCGGAGAGGAGCUGCUCCCGACCUGGCCUUCUGCCAUGGAAGCUGAGGAAACAAUGGAAUGUAUCCAGGAAUUCCCUGAACACUAUAAAGUUAUUUUGGAUAGACUGAAUGAACAACGUGAGCAGGACCAGUUUACAGAUAUCACUCUGAUCGUCGAUGGUCACCAUUUUAAAGCUCAUAAGGCAGUUCUUGCUGCUUGUAGCCAGUUCUUCCACAAAUUCUUCCAAGAUUUCACUCAGGAGCCUUUGGUGGAGAUUGAAGGUGUAAGUAACAUGGCGUUUCGUCACCUAAUUGAGUUCACCUAUACAGCAAAGCUAAUGGUACAAGGUGAGGAAGAAGCAAAUGAUGUUUGGAAAGCUGCAGAGUAUCUACAGAUGCUGGAAGCAAUCAAAGCACUUGAAGUCAGGAACAAAGAAAAUUCAUCGCCCUUAGAAUCAAAUGAAGCACAAGGUAAAAAUAAACCAAAAAAGAGGAAGAUUGCUGAAACCUCUAAUGUUAUCACAGAAACACUGCCAUCUGCAGAAUCAGAGCCUGUCGAAAUUGAGGUUGAGAUUGCUGAAGGGACGAUGAAAGUGGAGGAUGACAGCAUUGAAACCCUUGAAGAAGUAGCUUCUGCAGAGCAAUCCAUAAAGUACAUACAGACAACAGGUACAUCAGAUGAAUCUGCUUUGGCUCUUUUGGCAGAUAUCACCAGCAAGUAUCGUCAGGGAGAGAGAAAAUGCCAGAUGCAAGAAGAAGGUGAUAGUUCAACUGACCCCUCGUGCAAACAGGUAGAAGGUAUUGAAAUUGUGGAACUUCAGCUGUCACACAUGAACAAUUUAUUCCACUGUGAGAAAUGUAACCGUUCAUUUAAAUUGUUUUACCAUUUUAAGGAACACAUGAAAACACACUCUACUGAGAAUUACAAAUGUGACAUAUGCAAUAAAAGAUACCUACGAGAGAGUGCUUUGAAACAGCACCUCACCUGUUACCACCUUGAUGAAGGUGGUGCCAGCAAGAAGCAAAGACCUGGCAAGAAAAUACAUGUAUGCCAGUACUGUGACAAGCAGUUUGACCAUUUUGGGCAUUUUAAAGAGCACCUUCGGAAGCACACAGGUGAAAAACCCUUUGAAUGUCCAAACUGCCAUGAACGUUUUGCUCGGAAUAGCACACUGAAAUGUCACCUGACAGCCUGUCAGUCUGGAGCUGGCGCUAAAAAGGGAAGAAAGAAGCUGUAUGAAUGUCAGGUUUGUAACAGCGUGUUUAACAGCUGGGAUCAGUUCAAAGACCACUUGGUAAUACACACUGGUGACAAACCCAACCACUGUACCUUAUGUGAUCUGUGGUUUAUGCAAGGCAGUGAGCUGAGAAGGCAUCUCAAAGAAAUGCACAAUAUUUCAGAACUAUUAGUGACAGAAGAGGUUCUUCCAGUGGAAGGUAUGGAAGCUGAACCAGUAACAUCAAUGACAAUAAUAGAACAAGUUGAGCAAGUGCAUGUCCUACCAGUAAUUCAGGUACAAGUGGAUCCUGCACAGGUAACUGUGGAACAGAUGCACCAGGAUCUCAUCCAGGACAAUCAAGCGAAAGGCACACAGAUGGAGGAACUACAGGAACAGGUGCAGAUUAGUUACUUGGAAGUUGAACACAUUCAGACUGAACAAGGUGCUGAAGUUCAUGUGGAGCAGUUACAUGUUGAGCAUGUAAAUCAAAUACAGAUGGAAGAAGUACAGGCAGAACUUAUAGAUGGAACAGACCUUGAACAAGUAGAAUAUCGAAGUGUUGAUCAAGGAGAAGCAGAAGAAAAGGAUCAUAAUCAAGCAGAUGAUACAGACAAGGAACAUCAUGAACCAGCUGAAGACUUAAAAACACAACAACUAAUGGAUACACAAAAUGCAAAAGUGGAUGAGUAGGACACAUAAUGACACUGCAGUUUUAAGAAUGAAAUACCAAAUUAUUUUUGUUAACUUUUACAUUGGUUUUUGAACCGUCACUGGUCACCUUUCCAAUAUGCUGUCCAUAGGGAACUGGACAAGUGGACCAAAACUAGCUUUCUUCAUGUACAAUUAAACUUCUCUCAUAUGUGAAAAAUACUUCCCCAUUCAUGUAGUGCCAUGAAACAGAAACUACCACAGUCACGGACAGUUUUGUGAGAUUUUUAGCAAUGAGUAUCUUGUAUCAUUGUAUCAUUACACCAUUCCUGGGCAUCUGUAAAAGUAAUUUCACCUCUUUUCCUCUUGCCAGUAGCAGCAAAGUCUUGUACAAAUUUGCAGGAUGUCUGUAGCAGGAGAGUCAGUAAAAUCUGAGGGGUUCUGCUGUAAGUGGCAGUUACAUACCUGUGAAUUUUUGGAUCUUAACUUUCAGGCUGGGCUAAAAGCACUGUUGCUGGAGGUCUCUGAGCACAAAAGUCCCGUGCCUUUUCAACACUGAGUGGUUAAAUUAUCACAAGGUUUCUAGAGUUUUUGAGAACUUAGUUCUGUGAAAGGCAGUGUAGGUAAUGUUAUAGUGCUUUAUAUUUUUGCUUGAAAUUGCCGGUUACUGAUUUUCUUUUUGCAUUAAAUUUAGAGGCGGGGGGGGCUGAGGGAGGGAACAGACUUCACUUGGAGGCAGCAGGACACGCUAAAUGGGACACUUAAAAAUAGGAAGAGCUUGGUAAAGUCUGUGAUAAACAUGAUUUGGAAGAAAGCUAUGAGCAGGCUCUUUUAUAAAUAAUCACUUUUGAAAAUGAAUUUGUUUAAACAUAAACAUAGAGACUUGUCUAUAUGGUAUCAGGUUCUUGGGUUUUUUUUUAAAUGAAAUUCUGACACUUGACUAAAAGAUAUGCUAAACAUAAAAGUAAAAGCCAUAGGUAUGAGUGCUAAACUGUGGAUUGAAAAGUAGAAGUGUAAAUAGUUUAAUCAAUAUUAGAAAAUAAAACAAUACCAACCAU